CGGAUUGCGUACCGGGUCGGGGACCGGAGAGUCCGCGCGCACGCAGGCUCACUCGCGACGGGUCUACUGUCUCGUUUUCGAUUUCUUCGUCCUCUUACGCGCGUCUUAUCGUAGGAGCUUCGAGUAGUGUUGGUCUUGAGGAAUUUCAGCGCAAAAAAGUGCAAACAUCGAGCAAACGAGUGCUCUAGGAGCGAGGAGGCUGCAGCGAGCGUCCGCCAGAUGGCACAGAGAGGCUGACCGUUGGAGUUGCAACGAUAAUUUUUCGAAUCAUCGUCGGGCAGUGUGAAAGCGCUCAGGCUGCGGCGGAGAAUUCGGUUUGACGGCAGCUCGGAAGUACACAAGUCCAACGGCCGGUGUAACGGCCGAGUGCUCGUGCCAACGGAAAAACGUGGGAACGAAGUCGUGCGCGUUGUCGGGGCGCGUCAUUUGAAAAAAAGUGCAGCAGCACUGGCGCUCCGCUCAUUCAAAUAGUCGAGUCUACCUGCCCUCGCUCCUCGACUCCCCACUACUCGCGCGAGCUGUGUUGGUGCGUGCACACUGUGGGUGUGAGUGUAAGUGACGUAGUCUCUCGCACGCGCGCUACCUCGCAAAGCAAAGCCAUAUACUCGCAUGACUAGUUCUCGGCUCCCGGCCGGCAACCAUGGAUCCUCCACGGACGAGCUGAGGAAGCCUGUCAAACUGCUGUCGCUGCUGCUGUAACGUCCCUGCUGCCGUCGUCGUUGUGUGUGUCCAAGUGCGCGAACGUACUACUGAGCGUCCUGAAAACGUUACUCUCUGUGCGCGAGUGCGUUCAAAGGUGCCGUGUGUAAUUAAACGAUAGCUUUGCGCUCAACAGAAAUUGAUAUCAACGCAACGUUAUCAUGGGCAAUCAUCCUUCGACUCAUCAACCCCUCGAACGAGGUUUCACUCGUCGCAGUGGCUUCCGUCUCUCGAAGCGCGAGAGAUCGCCAGGUAAAAGGAUGGACAGAUUAAGAAGAAGCUUUCGUGACAGCUUCCGUAGACGGAAAGAAUCACAGUCGCCCGAAGCGGUCAAGCCGCACGUUUACCACGAAGACGAGAUCGCCGUUAGACAGGGCACUUGCAGCUUUCACGUCAAGUACUUGGGCUGCGUGGAAGUCUACGAGUCCAGGGGUUCACAAGUUUGCAAUGAAGCUCUCAAAGUACUAAGAAGCUCAAGAAGGAGGCCUGUUCGAGCAAUACUUCAUGUAUCUGGUGAUGGACUUAGAGUGGUAGAAGAUGAAACAAAAGGUCUAAUUGUUGAUCAAACAAUAGAGAAGGUGUCUUUUUGUGCUCCCGAUGGCAACCACGAAAGAGGAUUCAGUUAUAUCUGUAGAGAUGGUACAACCAGACGUUGGAUGUGCCAUGGAUUCUUGGCUUUGAAAGAUUCAGGAAUAAGACUGAGUCAUGCAGUUGGAUGUGCUUUCAAUCUCUGUCUGCAGAGAAAAGAAGAGAGAGCCAGAGAGUGCGGAGUAACAAUGAUGUUCGAUGAGAAAACUUCCACAUUUACAAGGAUGGGAAGCUUUAGACAGCCUAGCCUUACUGAAAGGCUACAUCAAGAUAGUCGAGAACGCGCUAUUGAUGUUCCACCAGCGAGGAACGUUCCAGCAUAUAAUCCAUUCGCGAUCGAGAGGCCACACGCGACGCCAUCAAUGCUGGAACGCCAAGGAUCCUUCCGGGGUUUCAAUCAGCUGAAUCAAGCUUCACCAUUCAAACGUCAGCUCAGUCUGCGCAUCAAUGACUUGCCGAGCAAUUUGGAACGAACUCGUAGUCACAGCCUUGAACCAACUGACUUGUCGCGUCUACCUCCAGCACUAUCACAUCAGAUUCCCGUAAAGCCACCUGAUUUCGAAGGAUACGACGAAGUGAGUCCUAUCCCCGAGAUAUCGCCAAGCGGUCACGACAGCGUAUCGGCGAUGUGCCAGCAACUCUCGCAUGGACUGUCUCUGCUCUCUAGCAAUGAUGACUUCGCACCAGCUCUUACGCAGACCACUACUAGUACUGUCGUCAAGAAACUCUUCGAAAACACCACAACUAUCACGACUACUCGGUCGAACAAUGCAAACUUGUUAACCAACAGCAACUCACUGGAUGAUCUCAAAUUGCAAAACGGCCAAAGUUUCAGCGAAUUGUUAUCCUCGAAGCCUCUUCACAGUACCGACGAGAGUCAAGGACUCGGAAGCGACGGUGCAAGUUGGCAGGAGAGUUCGUCGAGCGUGCUAUCUUCGACAAAUAACAAUAGCAACGGCAAGGACGCCCGACUCACACCAAUUCUUAACCAAUGCUCUAUCAGUCCCGUCCUCACGCGCAGCAGUGUCAACAGCACACCAGCGCUCCCGGCAAUCGCUUCGAUCUUCGACACACCAGCUGCAAGUCCCUCGUUUAGUAAUGCCUCAGGAUCAUCACUUAGUAGUACUACAGGAAGGUCACCCGUACCCAUACCCCCUCCGAGAAGUAUCGAUUCGCCCAAUGUUAGCCUGGCGUCAGCGUCGCCAAUAACCGCGGGAGCUGUCUCGAAUGCAGUUGGACCAAUCCUCGGACCAGUUUCAACACCGAUGCUUGCAUCGGGAAUCUCGUCGAAUAUGAGUGGAAUUACUGAGAUUCCUAAUUCCACGGCUGUACAGCUAAUGGCCAUGCCAGCGGUGCCUGUAAUGUCGAGCUCAGCGAAUUUACCGAACGCUGAUCAGUGGCUUGGCAAUGUAACGACACAAGUAACCGCAUCGUCGAGUGGCAUUGCACCGCCUCCUCUUUCAACGAGUCCACGACGAGCACCGCCACUGCAUUCGAGGGCUAUGAGUCUUGGCUCGGCAGUUAUGAACCCUAGCUCUUCGAGAACCGGACCCGUGGAUCCCUUCGACUCCGAGUGGGCCGAGAUCGCAACGCGCAAUCUCCGACAAGCGUCUACCACAAACCCGUUCAUCAUGCCCAACACUACUCAAGCUUUUCAGGUGCAAUUGUAGCGCGAGGAGUUACAAAAGAGCAUCGCCGAUUAUUACCGCUCUAACGCUAAAUAAGAAAGUCUUUCGAAUCAAGGAGAAGCCUCUUGUAGAAAAGACCCGCAAUAAAUGUAGAGAGAAGCUUUGAUAUUUUCUAUACGAAAUCGAGGUGCUUCUCAUGCACGAAAAUGCAUUUCGUUUACAUGCCAACCGAAAUAUCGCCGUCGACAAUUCGAGAAAGAUUACGGGGUAAAGAUACGAGAUAAAAGUUCAGGAUGCUCAAAUAAAGAAGUUACUAUUCCGACGUCAGUUUCGCCUUUCUAAAUUCGUCUGCCCUGAGAUUCGAGAAUAUCGCGAGAGCAUAUAUACGAACUUGUUACGUUUAUAAAAAGUUUAAGUUACCACGGUGUAACGCAAUGUAUUGACGUGACAUUUGUUUAUGUAAUUCAUAUACACAUUUUAUAGUUUUUUGUAAUCACGAGAAUACAGGGUGUAUCCUGUCUUUUAUGCAUUGUCAUAUACAAAUAUAUCAAAAGCGUUCAUUUUAUCGUGGUUACUUGUAACAAAUUGGUUAUAUUUUUGGAGGUAGAAAAAUAAGAAAUGAUAAAAAAUGUUGUUUCGGCAAAACUAUAAACGGUGCGCUAUCAUUUAGGGACAUUUUUAAUGAUAUGUUUAAUCAUUUUUUUAUUUUCUUAUUUCUUCCUAAAUCAAUAAGAACAUGUUUUAGAGCUUCCUACAAUCUAUUUGAUCUGUUAAAAAUUUUAUAUUAAGAAUUCCAAAGAUGAUUAAGUGUAUAUAUUGUUUGAAAGUGAUUAAAAAUUUUACUAAAUCGAAUCUCACUUUAAGAUUUUACAAAGACAAAACUGACGUCGUAGCUUUGCUCGUCGAUUAACGAGAACACGAAUAAUAAAAUAUUGCCACAAACUUAAUAAAGAAAAGAUAUCACUCAAGCUGCAAUAAAACUUAAAAAUAUUCUACUUAGGCUCGUGAAGCCGAGCGGUUAAGAAUUUGUCGUUCUUUGCAUGAUGCGCAAAAUUUACACGCACCGAUGAACUUUUACUGCACCAACUUUAAUGAAGUUAUUAUGCUAUUUACGGCAAAUAUGAUGAUAUUAGUGAGAAAAGAGAAAUCGAUAGAUGAUACGAAUAGAGUGUGAGAGAAAUAUAUAUGUUAAAUAUCGGAUAAGAUCUGUGAUAUGAUGAAUGGGUCAGUACUUAAGAUUCUCGUGGUUCGUUGUUGCAAAAUUUAUAUUUUGUCAACGAACCUCGAAAUUCAUUAGACUAUUUGAAAAACAAAACCAAGUCGGAGUACAAAGUUCGUUUUCAUUUCAACGAAAAUUGAAAAUGAUCUUUUUUUAAAUUGUUACAUUUUCACCAGUCGAAGAAAUUUUUAAUAUUAUUCGAUUGAAUUUAGUCACAGAAUUGAAAGAACCAGUUUUCAAGUACUACUAUAUGCCUUUGUAUGAAACAAAAAUAUUGCGAAAUCUAAAAAAAGUGGAUAGAGUCGUAUUCUUAGUAAUUCUCCGAAGUAGCAGUAAAUUAACAAAAAACUAAGUUCGGUUGUCGUUAGAAAAUCGGCAAAGAGCUCCGCACGAUACCAUUAUUAAUAGCAAGUAGAUUUUGACCUUAGAAAAAACAAGAGAAUAGGUAUGAUGUCCUAUCACACUAUUGUUGUCUAUUAUUAAAAGGAACAUUACUCGCCGAAGAUGCAUAUAUUAUAUAUAUACCGUAAGCGAUAAUGACUGCAGAUAUCAAAAUAUUUAAAAAAGUUUCUCGUGUAGUUCUUGCGAGUAGUUCGAAGCGAGUUGUCGCUUAAUGUGAAAGCCGAUUUUUCGAUUCUGCGGACGUAAAGCAUUUGAAACGAUUGGAAUUCAAUAUCAAGCAUUUCUCGAAUUGUGCAUCAUUUGACAUUCAAUGUUUUGCUAUUAAAAACAGCACGUUAAUCUAGUGAAAAUAAGUUAUUUUUUUAGUAAUAACAAAAUAUAGAAUUACUCGAUUUGUUUUUAAUUUUCUAAAUUAAUCUGUUGACUGGCAUCGCAUCGUACACGCGGCAUUAGAGUCAUUCAAACAAAUUUGUACAUAAAGAAAAGAGUGAUUACGUCUCGCUAGAUGCAUUGCUACAGAACCGAGAAUCAAAUUCACUUAUAGUACUUAACAGCACGGAUAAAAGAAAAGAGAGCCAUGUCUUUGUUUAGAAUUGUUGAUGUCUCGAGAAUCAAUGCUUUUAAAUGAACGAUUGCGUGCGCGCACACACAUAUAGGUAAGCAUGUGUAUUUUUUAAUUUAAGUUUGGUGUUAAAAACCGCACGCCUCAUCACAGCUCGUUUUUUUUACUCGAUUCGCGUCACGCCGUUGCCGUUCAUUCUUAAAUUAUGACGAGAGAAAAAGAACGCAUGAAAAAGAUGUUUUACUUUAAUAUGCGAUGCAAUCAACGCGUAACAUUGAAAUUAAAAAAAAUAAAGGGCGCGUGCCUCGUCCGUGCCGAGAAAAUCGAAAAAUAGAAAGCUAAAGCAAGCACAAGGAACAAAGCCGUGUACUUACGACGGUCCUUAUAUAUAUAUAUAUA